UAACUGUAAAGUGUUUUACCCUCGUUAAAUAAAGUUAAUCUUCUUCUUCUUUAUACUUUAAAAAAUUGAUUCCAAAAGAAUAUUUUUAAAAAAUGAUAUCUUAUUUAUAUUAUGAAACUUUCAGAUCUUCCCCGACCAGCGGCGUUCUUCCCACUUAACAAAGGUGCUAGAGGAAGGGACCUCGGAAACAGGAACCCGCCAGGAAGACUCAGGAAUGUUCGUGCAGCUCCAGGCCCACUCGGUCGGCCAGGCGGCUCCAUUAAGUUACUGGGGACACGAACCAGUUACAUUCAUUUUCCUAACAGGCGAGGUGGUGCCCUCGAUACUCCCUACUCCAUGACGGUGUUGUUAUGGGUUUAUCCAGAAGGAACCGCAGGUCCUUUAUUUAAUUACCACCCUAGUGCCCACGGAGUCCACUUCUGGUUAAGCACUCCAAGAACGUUAUACGCCAGAUUUAUGCGCCGGAAGGGAAGAAAAUACACUACGCCUGUAAAGAGUAGAGCCAUACAGCUUAGAAAAUGGCAGUUUAUCGGAGCAAGUUACGACAGGAAUACUGGUACAGCGGCACUGUGGAGGAAUGGCAAAAAGAUUGCUAGAAAGUUCAUUGGUCGAAUUCGUCUCGCCACCAAUUAUCCCGUGCGCUUAGGAGCGAGGUUUGGGGAUAGGCGCUACUUUAAGGGCCGUGUGACCUGUCUCCAGGUGUAUUCCAGGGCGUUGACGAAAGCGCAAGUGCGACGUGCUGCUAAGAAAUGUUUCAAAGCAGCUUGUAAAUCGCUUUUCUCCAUAUUGACAGCAUCCUACAAUCCUGUCGCUGUCUACCCGCUAAACGUCCUCACUAAAGGCAGAGAUAUGAGUGCUCGUAAAAACCCUCCGGCCACCCUCGGCAGCGUUAGACCAGCUCGGGGACCCAACGGGAAACCAGGAUCCUCCUAUCAAUUCUUCGGCCGCCCAAACAGCUAUAUACAACUCCCGAACAACGGUGCAUUGGACACAGUGAAAUCCAUUACAAUAUCUCUGUGGGUGUACCCCCAGAAGCCUGGACCACUUGUUAAUUAUAACCCCAAGGGACAGGGAGUGCAGAUCUGGAUGGUUAGCCGAACUCAGUUGUUCGUGCGAUUUGUCCGACGCCGAGGUCGUCGGCUGACUUCGCCGCUUAUUUACAGAAUAUACCCCCGAAGCUGGAGCUACAUCACAGCGACAUACAAGCAGAGCACAGGCGUGGCGAGACUCUAUGUGAACAAUCGACUGGUUAAAAGAAAAGUUAUCGGAAAAAUCCAAUUGGCAACUAACUAUCCAGUCCGAAUUGGAGCCAAAAUCAAGGGCACCAGGUUUUUCAAGGGACGUUUGGCCUGCCUUCAAUUCUAUAACACCGCUCUGACCGGAAGACAGAUUGCCGUGAGAAAGAAGAUGUGCUUUAAAACACGCGGUAAGAUGGUUUAACAGAUGGCUUACAAUCUUACAUGUCUAAAAGGGAGGUUAUGGGGGAUUCUUCUAUGUUUAGGGUUGAGAGUUAUUAGAGGGAAAAAUAUACACCACCAAACGCGCCUAGCCUUUUUUGGCGUUAUGCACUUAAUAUUCUGAUUUUAGAAAUUUAUUGAAAGUUCAUUGUUCUCUUUUAUUCAAAAGUCCACUUAAAUUAAAUCCAUGAAGUCAAACAUGUAUGAUGGCCACCCCAAAGCCAGAUAAAUUUAAGUUAAAUGGUUUUGGUAAAAAUAUAACAAAGAAACCCAGAUUUGCGCUCUAAAGAAGCUACAGAAAGGCUAAGCUUUUCUUGAUGUUUACUGUUAAUUCUCCUUAGUUUUCAUUUCAUUUUCUUUCCUUUCAGUCCCACUACCAGUAAGUUACAAGCCAAAACCAAUCAGACCAGGUCAGUUUUGAUUACUUUGAAAUGUCCUUACAAUUUAUCCUCAACCCGUCUGCUGAGAAAUGAGAGGAAAAAGAAAUUACUGGAGGCGAUACAACGUUGCUGCAAAGGAACAAGAAAUUCUCGCAUCUGACUUUUAAGAAAAGUGCCACAAUAAGAAGGAAGAAUUGUUUUUUCGAGCUUGGGAUUAGAAAGGAAAUGCCAACCCAAGGGAAAAAGUCUAACUUUAUAACAAUAUAUCAUUAUUUUUAUAAAAUUAACUGCCCUCGCUAGUUCCACCCCUAGCACCGGUUAUUUGGGUCGUCACGCAACAUGACGAUUCAAGUAAUGGCUGCGAAGGGGACUGCGCCUGCGCCAGUUCGCGUUAUUAAUUUCAUUCAUUUGCUUGUUUUCUAAAGUAUGCCGAAAGAGACUGGACAUAGGUUUCCUAGUAGAGAGCGGCAGAAUAAGCUCUGGUAAUUUCCAGCGCACUCUUCGUUUCAUCAAGAAACUUGUAGUGUCGUUCCCACGUGCAAGGAUUGGUCUCGUGUCUUAUUCCAAGCGCGCCUCGAAAGUCUUUGGAUUUUAUAGGUAAGAUCGUCUUCUCGCAUUAACCUUUUUUGCAGCAACUGGAAAUGACGGUCGCAGGUACAAUGGCUAAUUUCCUCUAUGGGACUGAAUAUUUAUUUUGAUGAAUACAACUACCAUGAUUCCCUGCAGUCGCGUCUCAUAGAGGGAAAUGACCAUAAAAGUGAUGUCGAUAAAUUUCUGUUUGAUUGAGAUGCUACACAGUAGUAUGGUAGCGUUUUUAGCUCCACAACAGGGAGUUUAAGAAAACGACGACAGUAAUGAGAACGCCGCUAAACAAAAAGUUUAAUGAGCAGAACAAUGACGGUCCAUGUGCGUUAGAAAACUUGGUACAUUUCUUUGCCAUAGAAAACAACAACGUGAAAUGACCAAAUUUGGCGUUGACUGCAGAACGUGAAUCAUUUCAAAUUUAUCGCUAUA